CUCAAUCUCGAUAAUCUUGUCUCCGGUGGCUCCUUUGAUGUUUCUCGAGAUCAGGCUUCGUGCGGCGGUGGCGGCAAUCCGGUCUGUCAUCCGAGUUGUACCAGAGAAGAAGGCGAGUUGUACAACGCGACUAUCUCCAAUUCGACGGGGUCCCACUACAACCAGCUCUCGAAACGGGCUGGCUACGACCCGCUGAAUCUGCCGGCGUGCCACACGACUUGGCAAGGCCUGUAUCUCAUCGAUCCGAACACCUUUUUCUCCAACCCCAAGGACUCGAUCAAUGGGUACAUCGCGAGCACAGCCGACUCGGUCAACACGUUGA